AUGACAGCGGGACCCACCCAGUCGCUCCGGAGUUUAGCCACUGCCCACCCCGAAGCUGCUGCUUGUCGUACCCGAAGCCGCCGUUUAGCCGCCCCCGGCACGUCGAUCACAACAAUUUCUCUCCUACAUAAGACCAACGGAGGCGGCUAUUCAAAAACCCUAGACCGUGUCGCAAGGUACUGUCAACCACCAAUCGAUGAUUGUCGGGUCAAAAUGGCGACCAUCACGCAGCAAGAACCCGCGCUGACAGAGUCGUACGAGCUCGCCGACGCGUCGAAACGAGCCCCAUCACGAGAUGCUCCGGAACCCGCAACACACCCAGAGCCCUGCGACGAAGACGGACUCGACAGGAGGACUCUAUUGAAGCUUGUUGCCGCCGGCUUCUCCUUCUUCAUGUCCGGGGUCAACGAUGGCAGCGUCGGGCCUCUUCUCCCCUACAUGAUUCGCGACUACAACAUUAGUACGGCUGUUGUAUCCAUUGUAUACGGAGCAAACUUCCUCGGCUGGUUUCUCGCCGCCCUCACAAACACCUAUCUCAGCCAGAAGUUCAACCUCGGCGGCCUCCUCACCUUCGGCGCCUUCUUCCAACUUUUGGCCCACGCUCUCCGUGUGUGGAGGCCCCCCUUCCCCUUCUUCGUCGUCACCUUCUGGCUCGUCUGCCUCGGACAGGCCUACCAAGACGCGGGGGCCAACGCCUACGUCGCCAGCGUGAAGGCCGCCCACCGCUGGCUUGCUUUCAUCCACGCCCUGUACAUGGCCGGGUGCUUGGUUGCGCCUUUCAUCGCGACGCCCAUCGCCUCCGCCGGCGAGACUUCCCGCUGGUACCUAUUUUACACCUUCCCGCUGGCUAUUGGCGCCGCCAACCUCGCUCUGACGUUCUGUGCCUUCCGCGACACCAUCAAGCUGGGACGCAAGUCAGGCUCGCCGGAGCAUGGGGGGCCGCAGACGGACGCCGGAGAGAAGAAGAGCGCCUCGCAGCUGGUGAAAGUUACUCUCAUGGACAAGUCGAUGUGGAUGAUAAGCCUCUUCUUCUUCUUCCUCCUUGGGGCUUCGAUCACGGCCAGCGGGUGGAUCGUGGAGUACCUCGUCGAAAUCCGCAAUGGCGACCUCGGACAGAUGGGAUACGUUCCAGCCGGGUUCAACGGGGGUGCGAUGCUGGGUCGCCUCCUUCUGGCCGAGCCUACCUAUCGUCUCGGCGAGCGGAGAAUGGUCUUAGUUUAUGUUGUCCUUUGCAUCGGUUUCCAGUUGGUCUUCUGGCUUUCCGUGGCCCCUGCUGACGAGGUUCACAGUGUCCCCAACAUCAUCGCUGCCUCCGUGGCCGUGAGCUUUGUCGGGUUCUUUUCUGGUCCGUUCUUUGCAACCGGUAUUUCUGUCGGUUCCAAGCUCUUCUCGCCAGAGAUCCGACCAACAGCACUUUCUUUCGUGUUUGUGUUUGGUCAGAUUGGGGGAUCUAUUUUCCCCGUGAUGACGGGCAUCAUUGCGUCUCGCGCUGGAGUGGGCAUAUUACAGCCUGUCCUCGUCGCCUUGAUCGCUGGGACGGGCAUCAGCUGGCUGCUGGUACCGAACCCAAAGCAAUCCGGGAAUACGUCUCUUCACGAAGAGUAA